UUACCAUUAGAACCCCAAAGAUGUUGUGCACAUGCGCGUUGUGCAAUCUACCGGAGCGCGAGAGGUAGGGAAGGGAGUCCUAAUGGCGGAGAAUGUACGGUCGCCUUUUGACUACCGGGAGCCACCGACCCUCGACAGCGACGGGGAUGGGAGCAAACCUCCGCCGCCACGGGGGCGAGUCUGUGGGAGAAAAAGGAAGGGGACACCUGUCAAGGUGUGUGACCGAGCGUAUGUAACAGAAGAUGAGGAGGAGGAGAGUAUGUCAGAGCACAGCUACAGCCCUGGUGAUGGCCAGUACCCAGAGGGUGGAGAAGACCGCCUCCCUCCACCUGGCAGUCCCUACUACCUCUCUGAUCCCACUCAGCUCUGUGUGCCAGAGUUGGGGGAGGAGGGUGCGAGUGGUGUUCGGGGACCUGUCCUCUUCCAUCCGCCGCCCAACUGCCGGAUUCGAGAAGUCCACUGUGGGACACAGGUGCGGUUGGUUGUCAUAGCAAUCCGAGACAUCGCCAAAGGGGAGGAGAUCACAGUGGACUACAGCCUGACGGACUGGGGCGAGAAUGCAAUGGAGGAAGAGGCCGGCCCCCAUCCACUGUCCCUCUCUGUCUCCGACUACCUUACCCCCUCUUGGUCCUUAUCACCCUCCUCCUCCCCGCUCACCCACUCUGAGCCCAGCGACUCAGACCGUGAGGAGGACGAGGAGGAGGAAGACGACGACGACGAUGACGACGACGACGAAGAAGAGGAAAUUGAGGAGAUAAGGGGCCGGAUGCUUCGCCGACGCAAGAAGCGCAAGCUGCCCGCGGCAACCAACUCAAAGAAGAAGAGCGAGCCCACCACCUCCACUGGGCGCCCCUGCUCCUCCUUCUCCCACCCGGCACCUGUCCCCCCCACGGCCAGAUCCCAGUCCCAGCCCCCCGGCAGCGGCCUGGCCCCCCCGACCACCAACAUUAACAACAAUAUCAACAUAAACAUUGGCAGCUCCAGCGGGGCCACGGUGAGCCGGCGGCAGCACUGCCCGUACUGCGGCCGCCACUACCGCUCGUUGGCCCGCCACCUGGAGAAGCACCAUGGCAACCAGCCGGAGGUCCGAACAGCCAUGGAGCUGGCUCACCUGCAGACACACAGCUCUUCAAACGGCAGCGCCUCGCAGCCCCACCCCUCGUCCUCCUCCACCACUCACAGCCAUUCCUUUGCUGUCCCUCAGCCCUCGGCCUCCAACCCUGCUCCCCCGCCCCUCUUCUCCAGGGAGAGGGAGUCCCCCGCUACCCGCUCCAGCACGGGUGGCGUCUCCUUCUCCCUCUCGCUUUCGCCGCCUUCUCCCGCUCAGCCUGCAGCCACCAAAAAGGGGCCUAGCUUACAACCCCCCAGCACAAAACGCCCCGCCCCCGCGAUGGUUUCGCGAGUCAAGAGUCCGUCACCCCCUCCCCCAGCUACUCCUAGAAGGGGUCGGAGGCUGAAGAGAGAGAAGCACGAAGAGCAGCAAAAGGUGGAGGUGGAAAGCUCAAGGAGUCAAGAGGAGCUGGUUCCACCUCCUACUCCGGAGCCAGACAUAGAUCCAGAUGAAGAUCUAGAGCUGAGUGGAGAAGAACACGCUCCGGAGGAGAAGAACGGAGACAUCGUAAGCAUACAGAGACAUCACAUGUCCCCGCUGCUCUCGUCCCUCUCCUGUUUGGUCCUCUACCUCCGCCGCCAGCAGCACUCCUCUUUCCUCUCUCUAACCCGUUCUCCCCACUCUGCCGAGGCCUGGCGCCUGCUCUGCCAUUCCAGCCUCUCCCUUCUCAUCCUCUACAACCGCCACCGGGAAUGUGAAGUGGCCAAGCUCACUGUCCAGGACUACCGCGACCGUGUAAACCCUCUGGUCGGCUCCAGCAACGGCUCCCCCUCUGCCAUGGAAGCCCCCCUGUCCCCCUUUGAGCGCCAGGUCCUCUGUAACCUUCCGCGGGCUAGUGUUUUGGGCAAGCGUGGUCGCAUCCAGCCACUUAUUCUCCCGCCGCACUGUGAGUCCUGCCUGGACCUACUCCUUCAAACCAGCUCCAAUGUGGGCGUGGACCCAGAGAGUCCCUAUGUCUUCUCCCGGCCCUACCACUCUCCCGCCACACCGCUCCGGGGCACGGACCUCCUGAGAAACCUGGCACGCUCCAGCGGGGCCAAGAACCCAGGUGCAUUAACGGCGACGCGUGUGCGGCGGCAGGUAGCAAUACUAACUCAGCUGCUGCUGUUAGAGGAGGGCGAGGUACAGGGGGAGGCCACCAAACGGCUGGAGGAGUUCCUGGAACGGGAGUACCACGUGACCCAGAACUGCUCCACCAUCAUACAGGAUCCAGCACUGAUGGGGCGUGUGGGGCGUGUCGUUCUUUACGGAGAGAAGGAGGGCGUGCUGUUCCGAGGGAUGAGCCUCCAGCACAUCUGUCUGGAGUUGGAUGUAAUGUCCGGCAACUCAGCAGACUCCUUCUCCGAAGAUUCCGAGGCCGAGGAAAAAAAGGAAGAAGUUAAGGAGAAAGCGGAGGUGACGGUGAAGAAGAAAGGACCGGGGCGACCGCCACGGAAGAAGAGAGCACCCGUUUCCUCCCCAGGCAACCCGUCAAUACCCAGUGUUCAUAAGAGAAGAUGCAUUCCUCCCAAAUCAGGGAAGCGUGGCGUGCUGAAGCGCCCGUGGUCAGAGGCUGAGCGUGUAGCCGUGGAGACUCACCUAAAGAGAAACCUCGUGGAGCUGCGAGUCCCGGCCAAGGCCGACUGCGAGCGCUGCCUGGAACUCUGCCCCCUGCUGGUGAGCAACCAGCGAGACUGGAGGGCGAUCAAGUUCUACGUCCACAACCGCAUCCAGCUGCUGAAGAAGCAGGGGAGGAGGGAAAGUGCCGCGGCCGUCUGCUAGAGACAGACACAGAACGACGCAGAGGACACAUACCAUAAUGUAUAAACCACCAGCAAUCAUAAAGAAGAGAAAAGGUGGGGUCAGAAGUGAGAAGUGUAUUAAAACGGACGGGUUGCUCCAGUGAAGGAUCAGUCAUACUCCUAGUGUUGGGGGGUCCAGUGUCUGUUCUGGAUCUGCUUUUAAGCUGUCGGAAAAGAUGAUGCUUAUUUGUUUUUGUCAUCCUCUAUUAAAUAGUUGACAGUGAGACAUAGGAGAGAGAAGGUGACACGCAUCGUACGUCCCUGGAGUGUGACACCAGUCCGCUAGGUUGCUGUUAGUGCUCUAGACCACCAGGACGUCUUUACAGAUGGUCCUCGGUCUAGGUUGCUUUCACUAAAGGCUGAUGACCAAACAUGAAUGUGGAAAGCUUUGGAGGAAGAAACCAAUGGUCCCCAUUUUUUUCUUUUUUAAAAAUAGAUAUAAAAUCGGAAAAAUAGCCCACAGAUAGACUACGUAUGAACUUGUAUACUUUGUGUUUGAUAUCGACUGACCUCGCGCCCAACUGACGAGCGUAUUAAAACAAUUGUUGGGACAAUGACAUUUGGACAUCAGUGAAGUGGUUUUGCACACCUCUUCUACCCUGGUCAUAGUCUAGACUUCUGUAUCGAGGCACGCCUACUUGAAUUUAUUGCGUAUCGGAAUUUUUAAAGAAAUAUUUCAGAAUCAACUUACGGUCUUAUUCACAAUGUAAAUACCUCCUAAUCUAUGGCAAAUAUAAAGUAGUGAUGUGUGUGGUGUAUAUACUGUAAAUAGUACCUGUACUUAUUAAAGUGUAUGACAUUUUGCUGUGUUUUCUUAAACCGGACUGUGACGUGAGUUUUACAUUGUGGAUUCCGGGCGAUGCAAAGAAAAUAGAAAUAACAAAUGAACACAGGAUCCCUUCUUGGUUGAGUUUAUUCAAACAGCUGGCAUUCACAAAGCGUACACACAUUACAGGAAAAGUUUACAUUUUAACAUCAAUUAUUGGAAGGCAUUCACA